AUUAAACAGAUAAUUUGAUACGUUUUAAAAUCAUUCUAUAUUUAUUUAAACCUUCGUAUUGGGGAAAGUUAAACGCACUUAACGUAACUUUUUCCAUACUCAUAACGUCUGUGUUAACUUUCUCUAAGAAUUCUCUUUGAAACUAUGAGAUUUUGAUAAAAAGCUUGAGUAUUUUUUAAUUGCCAUUUAUACCCAUGGCAGAUUCGUUUUUUGGCUUUGAUACAACGCUACCGCAAGAUGAAGACUUGGGUAGUUUAGAUCGCGAAUUAUCUGAAGAUGAAUACGACGCACUAAAUGAUGAAACAUUUACACAUGCUGUAAGAGACGAUUGGGAAGAUGGACAUGAAAACCUUGUCCGAAGUCAACGUAAAGGAACGAUAAAUGACAAAUUAGAAGACUCCGAAGAAGAAUAUGACUCGGAUUUGGAUAUAAAUUUUAUAACGAGGAAACUUGAAGACUAUGAAAUUCGAAACGAUGAGACCGACGUAAGAAAUCAAUUUCAACUUGAUCCUAGUGUAUGGACAAAUCCAAUUAAACCUGUGACACCUCACAAAGUUCCAAAUGCAUACAACAAUAAAUUCAAUGAACAUGAUCAUCCCAUGGGAUCAAGAAAAUUUCCCCCCCCUGGCAUUGCACCGCCGCCAUCAUUGGCACAACAAACUAACGUCCUUCAACAAUUCAUCGGAGGUGCGCCAAGUUCUCCUCAUCCCAAAAUUAUGUCGCUUGAAGAAAUAGAACGUAAUUUAAUUAAUCAACAGCAAAUUCAGCAACAUCAAAAAAUGAUGCAAGAGAAACUCGCUGCGAUUCAAUCGAAAGUUGGCCAACAGCAAUCGAAUGUCACAUCGCCAAAUCAACUUCAACCUCCUCCUCAGCAACAGCAACAACAACACCAGCAACCUCCAAAUGUUCAACAACAGCAAUUGAGAAAAAUUAUGACAAAUCAGAUGCCAGGCCAACCUCAACCCCAGCAAUCGCCCGGUUUAAUGUUUCCACCUCAUAUGAACAUGAAUGGUCCGCCACCACCAGCAGGAUUUCCCCCAAUUCCACCACAUCUUCAAGGACCGAAUUUAUCAAAAUUCAAUCCUCUCAUGAACAUGGCAAAUCAUCCAAUGAACAUCAACAACUUUCAUCCUAACUUUGGUCCAAUGCCAAUGCGACCUGGCGUUCAACUUCCACCACCAAUGAAUCGUUUGCCUCCACAUUUAAUGAACAUGCAAGGAAACACUUUGAUGUAUCAAAAUUUGAACACUGAGACACCAUACUUUGAUGAUUACUACUACACGAUGUAUAAAGAACGUCAAAGAUUACGUGGCAUUGAGAAUGAGAGUCAAGCUCAUCGUGAUAACCAGUUAAAUCAUCCAUUCACACAGCCGAAAGGUCACGCUCAAAUGCUUCUUCGACAGUUCAACAACAUUGGCAAGAAUGGAUUGCAAAAUCAAAAGAAUGGAAUGGGACGUGAAAGAAGAAGCUCGGAAUCGAGUCAGAAGAAUAAUGAGAAGGAAGCACCGACACCGCGAACCUACACGCCAUUGCAAUUUGAGAACUCUUUAGGAAAACUUCAAUGCGGAAGUGUCACAGCACCAAGAAAGAUUAUUGACAUGGAAAUCGUUGGAACUGGUGAAAAUGGUGGACAAUCAUCAGUCUCUGAAUUGAGUACGCAGAAGAAAUCAAGACAAAUUCUCAUGCACAUUGAGACACUUUAUAAGAUUGUCUUGAAGUUGGAAGAUCUUCAACAUCCGAUGGCAAUUUCAGCUACGAUCAUUAUGAAGGAGAAACGUGAAAAGCAACGUCAACAACAAGAACAAGAUUCAAGAAAUGAUAAUGACGAGAAUGCUUCAACAAAGUCGUCAAUUUCCAUUAACGAAGCUGAGACACAAAGUGAAUUGAUGAUAAAGUUGCUGGCUUUGUUGUGUGUUGAGAAGAUUCCUGGAAUGAUGGCAGUACGUAAAGGACGUAACCUCAUCAAACGUAUCAUGCCUCAUAUUAAAGAUCAACCAAUUCGUUGGGAUAUUUGGAACGCGGUUUUCAUAUCUUUAACUGUUUUUAAACGUGACAAACUUGAAGAGAAUGAAUCUUCUUUGAUGGCGCUUUAUUAUGAGUUUGCUUUGCAUUUGCAAGAUGCUGACUUAAGUGAUUUGUUGAAGGUGACAAAUAAUAUGAUGACGAGUGACAAGUUGAUGAGUUUUGUUAAUGGAUGCAAGCUUGUGGUUUCGAGUAUCAUUGCGAUGAUCAUCAAAUCGGAACUUUUAUAUCAGAAGUCGGGCGAUGCGAUAAACUUCGCAGAAGAAGAGCAGUGGAUUCGAUUCUUAAAUAAACUUUUUGAAAUCGUCAACAAUGAUCGCACUGUCGACGCACAGAUUCUGAAUUCCGCUAACAACGUUCAUCGCGAUAAAAAUGACAACGAACGGAUCAUCAAGACCGUGAUGGUUCAUUUUCAACGCUUCAAAGCACGUUUCACGAGCGACGAGGAGAAAUUGGUGAAACUUUUGGGAAUUCAAUACGAUGUGAAGUAAGUUCGCUUCCCAUAAAUAUUUAUUUCCAUUUCAUACUUUGAAAAUAAUAUUCUUAUCAUAGAAAAUACUUUUUACAUAAAACUGCAUAAAAGAAAAAUUUUCCAAUCGCAAAACAAGCAUAAGAAAAAUUAAAUGGACAAAAAGAAAAAGAAGAAGAAAAAACUUCGAUAAUUGUAAAAAUCACGUUUUUAUUUGUUAAUUAUUUUUGUGGAUAAAUUUUUUCUCAUUUUUAUUUUCAAAGCUUUGAUUAAAUGGUUAAAAAUACGUGAGAUGUAGAUUAGUUGACUCAGUUUAUGAAUAAAUGCGGUUAGAUAAGUGUUUAAAUUGUACUUAAACAAUUUAAUUUCAUCUCAGUGUUUAGAUUUUAAUGAAUUCUUACAAGUGCUUGACUUGCUGCUGUUUGAUUAAUCAAUGGACGCUUCGGUAUGAAUGCUGAAAUGAAUUUAAAUUGUUUAAGUAUUCAAAGAGCGAUUAACCGACAACAUUCGUCAACUGAGUCUGCAUUAUAAACGAUUGAAAAAUGUUAAAGAUGAAAAUAAAAAAUCUUUACAAGUUUUCUUUUUUAAAUCACGAAAGUUAAUAGGAAAAUAAAUUAGAUUUGAUGUUCUUAAUUAAAGAGAAAAAAAAACAAACAUGAAAACGUGUCGUUUAAAAAGAAUUUUUUUCUGCAAUUUUUCAAUUAUUUAGCUUCGUUUUUUUAUCAAUUCUAAUAAUUUGUCAAGAAGUUAAUCGUCAACCAUAACAAAAGUCUUGAAGGUUUCAUUAAAAAUCCAAGACGCAGUGUAAUGAGUAAUUAAAUCAAACUUAUGACGUGGAUUAAAACUUGUUUAAUAUUUCAACAAAAGUGAGCUCAGAUGUCAUUUGUAGAACUUGGCCUAACACAGAAACUUUUUGCUUACAAUUAAAAUUCUUCAAUUUCAUAGUGUGAAUGAAAUUUUUUUCUUCUUUUUAAAAACAAAAAUAAUUUUAAAGUUCUGUCGAGAGUGAAGCAACAAAAUAAAAUGUAAAAUUUUUGUGAAUGUGACCGGAAGGAUUUUUCAACAUUGAUUUCAUUAAAAUCCUUUGAAUGUGAAUGAAAAUUGAAGAAUUUUAAUUGUAGGAUUCGCAAGAAGUUUCCAAACAAUCUUCAGAACAUUUGCAAUAUUAAUGAUGUUGACAUUAAACCAUCUCCAGUGACUCCAAACUUAAAUAUUCAGCUUCAAGACAAACAAAAGAACAUUUGCAAUCAUCAAUGAAUAUUUGUUUUUAAAAAUUGAUGAUGCAAAUGCACAGUAACAAAUCUUCUUGUUUUUUAUACAAAAAAAAAUUAAAAAUUCGUUUUAAAUUAAUUUUAAGAUUGUUUUGGAUGAUUCUGCGAUUGUUAUAAAGUCAAAAUAUUUCAGACUUUCAAUCAUUCAUCUGAAUAAAUUCAUUUUGAUUUCUACUUCAACUUUAUAUAUUUAGACACCCACGCAACCUAAACUAUCAUAGAUUCGAUCUUUGAAUGUAAUAUUUUCAAACUUAUGGGAUAAACACAAAAAGAAAAGUAACUGAAACGACACUUUCAUAUAUUAAUCUAUUUUAAGAAGUUGAAUAAAAAGAAAAGCAUUAAGGA